GCACAUUCCCGUGGUGCACCGGGGCCUUCAAACUGUGAGCGGCGGGCGCUUGAGCGGUGGUGUCUCAAAGGUAUACAAAUCACUUUGGUGGGGAAUAGCAAGUAUGGAUAAAGAUUGCCCUUUCAAAUCUCCUUGCCAGCAGGAAAGUAAGAAGUCCCAGUCAGGUUCUAGUAAUGAGAAUCGCAUUUCUCUGGUCAUUCCUGCCUCUCCCUUCAUGAAGAAGCUGGGCUAUGGCACUGGAGUUAAUGUUUAUCUCAUGAAAAGAUCCCCCACGGGCAAAUCAAAUUCUCCAUGGGCUGUGAAAAAGAUUAAUGCCAAGUGUAAUGUGAAGCAGAAAAGUGUUUACCUGAAGAGACUUCAGGAAGAAGCCAGACGCCUAAAAGAUCUUGAGCAUCCUAAUAUUGUUGGAUACCGAGCUUUUACUAAAGCAAAUGAUGGGACACCAUGUCUGGCUAUGGAGUUUGGAGGAGAGAAGUCUCUGAAUGAUCUGAUAGAAGAAAGGAGUGAAAGUGGCAAAGGACCUUUUCCUGCUUCUACCAUCCUCAAAGUAGCUUUGCACGUGGCUUAUGGAUUGAAGUACCUGCACAAUGAGAAGAGAUUGUUACAUGGAGAUAUCAAAUCUUACAAUAUAGUCAUUAAAGAAGACUUUGAGACUAUCAAGAUCUGUGAUGUAGGUGUUUCACUUGAAUUGGAUGAGAACAUGCAAGUGAGUGAUCCAACUGCAACAUACAUUGGGACUGAGCCAUGGAAGCCAAGAGAGGCUCUGGAAGAAAAUCAUUCAAUUACAGACAAGUCAGACAUUUUUGCGUAUGGCCUUACCUUGUGGGAAAUGAUGACCCUUUCUAUGCCUCAUGUAAAUUUUUCUGAAGACUCUUUUAGUGAAGAAAGUUUCGAUGAGGAUGCUUAUUAUGCAGCUUUGGGAACACGACCUGCACUCAACAUGGAGGAACUAGAUGAUUCCUACAAGGAGGUUAUUGAACUGUUUCUGGUCUGCACAAAUGAAGACCCUCAAAAACGUCCCUCUGCUGCACAGAUAGUGGAAGAAUUGGAGGAAAUAAUCAAAAAGAAAUGAUUUAUUUUCAAUGUCCUUUUCUCAAACUCAUUUUGGAUUUUGAAUUAUCCAGCUUUGAAAUCUGUAACUUACUACUCAUUCCCUUUAUGUAAUUUUAUUCUCAUUUGCACUCUUCCUCUUGGUACUGUCUUGCUGUUUGGUAUUAUAGAUUCCAGUGUAUGCUUUUGAAAUCUAACUUGUAUGCUACUAUAAUAAAAUCUUAAUUAUCCAUUUA